AUGACUCUGUCUGUACCUGUGGAAAUGUGCAGUGGGGUGAGUUUACCUUUGACGUGUGUGCACCCAAAGCUUUGCAGUAUUGUGCCGUGUCCUUUGUUGUCUGUACUCGCCCUUCAGGCUGAGAGGAACCCGGUAGGAGAAGGCGUGAGCUGCCGCAGGCGAUGGCCAUCUAAUACCUACCUGUCCCUCCGUACAGCAGUUGGAGUGGUAAAGUCCUCUCCUUGCCCUGGAACGACGACGAGAGCAACCAGCCUUAGUUGCCGACGGUGUACCGGCCUGCUGUGUAGGACUGUCUGGCCCCGAGCGGGUCUGGAGGACUCACUGAAGUUAUACUUACCUUUGCCAUCCACCUGUGUCUCCAGGAACGUCCCGCCAAGGGAACUGAAGAUCCCUCUGUGGCAGGUAGUCGAUUUCUGUUCUCUCCAAUAUUCAUUGUGUGUUUCACUCUGCCUUCAGGAGAAGGGCGCCACGGGGAACAAAAACCAAGCAGAGCUAGCGACGAGUUUGGUGAAAAAGGACGAAGGAGCUCCGUCCCGCCCCUCGCCCCCUGUGGGCACUUACCUUGGACGUCCCGUUCUCUCAGGCCCAGGCCUCUCCUGCGGACAAGAGGAGAUUUAUUUUAGAUUCCCUUUCCCUUUUCCCAAAUCACUUUUAACUAUUUAAAUAAAGUUUGUUUUAAGUAUA